AUGGACAAAUGGGCACCCAUGGCCCCUACCAAGCCAGGCGGCCCAUCAUCAUCACAUAAUCUCUCUUCUCGUUUCGCUUCAGUGCUCAAACCGUCGAAACCAUCAGUCAGAGGAUCCGCAUCCUCAGGUCCUUUAAUCGGAAGGUGGCCAGAAGCUGUCAUACUAAGCAUCAUUGGGUUGCUACCUGUAUCGGAUCUGCCAAAUGUUGCUAGAGCAAGUAGAGCUGUAGCAAGACUUGUUAAAGACGAAAGAGGUUGGGAGGUCAGGUGUAAAUGGUUGGGGUUGGAACCCGAUAGUGCCUCACCUCUUAAAGAGCAUUCUAGACCGUUGCAAACUCCCAAAAAAUCCUCGUUCUCUAUUCCUUCCAAGGCUCGCGCUUCAAUAUCAGCCGAAGACGAUUUUGGUGAUUUCUCGGCACAUGGAAAUGAUGUUUUUGAGGAUGUCGAUUUCGGUGAUUUUGAGGGCGCAAGACCUAAUGCAGAUAGUCUAGGCAGUAAAAAGGAACAGAACUUGUUGGAUUUCGAUGACCUACCGCUACCUUCAAGACCUACGGGCGGAGGUGGCCAGAAAACCGGAUUUUUCGCAUUAACACCCACGCCUACAAAACCGAAAGUCUCUUCCCGUAAUAACGGUCUCUACUCUGUAUAUGCAAACACGCAACCAGGACCAUUCUACAAAGCGUACAAGAAUCAUCACUUGACGAUGAUCCCAUACUGCCAACACUUGAGGUCAUCACCCUCGCCUGGUUCCACCCUCUCACUACUAUUUCCUCCUUCCUCAACGACCUCCCUACCACCAUCUUUAUCUGACCAAUCGAAUCUUCUUCUAUCGCUGCUUCUCUUCUUAUCGCCUAGACUACAGCCACUAAAGGAUUGGGGUUUUCUCAGACAAGCAUUACUGGCUGCCGCAGAUAGGUUCGAUUCGACCUGUCUCGUAGCAUUUGAAGUCUCGGAUGGAAAAAAGGAUGAAAUGGGAAUGAGGAUAGCGGCUGAGAGUAGCUGGAAAGUAUGGGAAGCUGGAGGGGGAAGCAGAGAUCAAUGGGAGUGUGGAAGGGUAUGGGUAGAAAAAAGGGAAGUGUUUUACGAUACCGCUAGGUGGGAUUCCUCAGAGAAUAUCAUAAAAGUUCAAAGUCCUACAGGAGCCAUGACCAGGCAGCUGGACUUCACCCCUAUGGACGCCUUUGUUAGUCACGUCUUAGAAGCAUUUCGCAUAGACGCCGAGUUUGCCAAACGAGUCUUCCCAGCCAAUGCAAGGGUGAUACUUUCGUUUUGUGAUAGAGUAGCCAGCGAUGUUAUCGGGGAAUAUAUUCAUCCGCUCUUGUCACAAGCUCGUGCAGUUUCCCAAGAUCUUUUUCUCCAGGCGACAGCAGCUACGUUCGUUCAAGCUUGGAAAUUGGUAGAUUUAGUCAUGGAAGUCCUCGGAGAAACCCAAAAAGUCAUUCCCAGGACAAGUGUAGAAGAUACAGUCUUCCGGAUGUUUGAGCAACACUUAGAUGAAUACCUGGAUGACGAGACUGAAAGAGUCAAACUACACCUGGAAGAUAUUUGUAAAGCAUGGGAACAGCAACUUGGUGCCUCAGAUUCAGCUAAAAGAGCUCAAAAUGGCGGACCUACCUUCCUGACAUCCGACAAUCCCGAUCAGAUAAAACGUAACGUCCUGGCAGGAUUCAGAGAUGCUCUUCUGUUGCCAGUCACCAUUGUUCCUCGUACAGUCACGUUUGCUACCAAUGCAAUUGUCACCGGUUCCACUCAAGCUGUCAGCGGAUUAGCCAUGUUGAACCCACAAAAAUGGACUGGCAACAAUGGUAAAAUAGUAAAGAAAGACGAAUCCAACGGUGAUAUCGUAUUAGAAGUGCCGGAUUCAUCUGAGAUACAAGAAGAGGAGAAAGAAGAUGAGAUCAACGAAAAAACCCUAGAUAUCUCCGAAAACCCUAAUUCGAAAGACCUGAAAGCUAAAUCAGAGGGUGAUAACUCAUUCGAUAAAUUGCAGCUUUUAGUCUCACUUGAUACUGCUUUGGAACUCAUACAGGCGGACCGAGAUUCCUUGAAAAGAGCAGAAACGUUUUCGAGGUAUCCUGGAAGAUCAGGAAUUAGAGUGAAAGAAGCCAUUGAAGAGAUUUUUAUCUUGAUGAUGAAGGCCGCAGGUGACAGACAUAUUGCACCGGGAUUUAGAAUAGCGACAAAUCAGAUGUCUACUUAUAAACCAUCAGAUCAUGAAACAACGACAUCAGUAGCUCCACUUCUACAAUUUUUCGAACUGGUACACAUUGGAGAUACAAUACAAUCCAUGAUUCAAGUUUACUUUGAUAAGGAAUUAUCUCCAUAUGUCGAUAAGACAGAUUUUCUGAAUGCGGUAAUGAGGGAAAAGAAGAGAUUCGAAAGCGUGUUAGACGAUGCAGUAGCAGCAGGAUUGAAUGCUGGUAUAGAGGUCUUGAUGAAUCAGGUCGAGCAUAUCAUCGUCACCAAAACCGGUCCUAGAGAAUACUACCCAAUAGAGGGUGCAGCGAUGGACCUGGGACCCACCAAAGGGUGCCAGGAAGCUAUAAAAUGUCUGGAAAUGCAUUGCAAUCUGCUGAGAGGAAGUACUUCGAAAGAGGUUCUGGAGGUAUUUUAUCAAGAAGUCGGAAUCAGGUUACAAGCUAUCCUACAAAGACACCUCAAGAGACAGAUAAUCUCCCUAGAAGGGGGUUUCCAAAUUAUAGCAGAUCUCAACACCUACCAUUCUUUCGUAGCUUCGUUGAAGCAACAAAGAAUUACUGAAGAUUUCGCGAAUCUCAAAAUGUUGGGGCAUGUGUAUAUUGUCAGUGACGCUAAGGAUCUGGCGCAAAUUGUAAGAGAUGUUACUAGAUAUGGUGGGACUUUCACGCCUGAAGAUAUCUACGAGUUUAUUCAGAGGCGGAGUGACUGGAAAAAGAUCGAAAAGACAGUUGAUAAGGCGAUGUAUGCUCUCUCUGUCAAGGAAGAUUGUGUAAUUAUGUAA